AUGGAGACAGAGCCACUGAGGAUCUACUGUGAUAACAAGGCCGCAGAACUUUAUGCCAAGAACAACCGUAGUUCGUCGAAGUCCAAGCACAUCGACAUUAAGUUUCUAGCGAAAGAGGAAAAGGUGACGAAGAAGCAGCAAGAGGAGGAGACAAAGGCAAUGAUUGAGAAAUUAGGGAGGCAUGAAGACAAUGAGACUGCUGCUGCUGUUGCAGAGGAAGAGGACGAGGACGAGGAAGAGGAAGAGGAAGAAGAGGAGGAAGUAGUCAUUCUAAAAGCCAAGCUUUUGAAGGAGAGGGAAGUGGCAGUUCUACUCGAAGAAAACAAGAUCUUCAAGAUCAAAGCAGAGGAAGAAGCCAAGCAACUUGCAGAAUCUGCUCAGACCAAGCAAGAACACCUCGCGGCGCAGCUGAAUUUGAUGGAAAAGAAACUCAAAGACAGCAAAACUAAAGAGCAGCAAUUGAGCUCGCAGCUGGAGACGGCAGAAGGCAGCAAGGCGACAUUGGAGAUGGACUUGAAGCGGAUGAAGGUGCAAAUGGAGCAAUGGCAGAAGGCCGCAGAGGCAGCCGCGGAGGUACUAGCCUCCGCCGGAAACGAUGCAAGUGAGGAGAUGAGUGACAGAAUCUUAGCCGAGCGUUGCAGCUCAAUGGACAAAUACCUUGAGGCCGAUUACAGAAGCUGGGAAUCGCCGUCGAUCGACGAAGAUACAGAUGAGGAUGGCGGCGGCGGCGGAGGCAGAUGGGGAAGGAGGAAGGGUGCCGGUGUGCGGAUAUUCGGAAACCUUUGGAAGAAGAACCAGCAUAAAUGA